GCUACUCCCGAGGCUACAUUGUUUAACGAGAGAGUGCUCAGCUGCUAAGCAUUUAACUAAUUACUGUAUAAGAAUGGCACAGGUUAAAGAGGAGUUAAGUUGCUUAUCAUUAGUGGCAACAGAAGCACAAGAGCCAGUUCAAGUAGGAAAGAAGGACGUUGGCAACCUUUCAACUGGCUAUAUCCUGGACUUUGGGAAAAGCCCCGCCGCUCCUACAGGAGAACUUAAAGCUUCUCGUCUCUUUCCUGCCCCCCGUGAGGCCAGAACCAGAAACUGACCAUAGUCGUCUGUGAUAUCAAGACCCUGAAGUGCUAAGGUGGAAAAGGCAAGGUGAAGACAGCUGAGCUGAAGUCUUAUUCUCGAUCUCUGGAAGAGAAAAUGGCUUCUGAGGAGGUGGCGGCUGCCCCGCUGGGUCUCCAGGACUGCUUUCUGACAGAGCGGGUGGGUGACAACAUGGCGGAGCAGAGCCCCCGAGAGCAAAGAGAUGCUUCUGAGGGAACCAGAAUCUCCAACCAUGUUUCCCUGGUGAAAAAUGAAGGGCUGCCGACGUGUGAGGAGCCCCACUGGAGGCAGGAGGCCGUGGAGGCAGCGGAAACGCCCCGGCCAGAACCAGAAAACGCCCAGUUCCCAGACCCCCUAUGCUGGGACGAUAUAUUUCUGCCCUCUGUGGAGAAGGCCGCUGACGGCCAACCAGGAAAGUGGAUGUCUCAGCUCAUGCCAGGCCUCAAAGAAGAAGCUCAGUUUGAGAACAGGGAAGUGGGAGACUAUGGGAAGGUGAAGGCGGCCAUCUUGCGGGUGGAUGCCAUCAGCACAGAAGUCCAGCGGCAGCACUUCCGGCGGUUUCAGUACAAGGAGGAAGACGGUCCCCGUGAAGCCUGCAGCCGGCUGUGGUUCCUUUGCCACCGGUGGCUGAAGCCAGAGAGGCACACGAAGGAGCAGAUCCUGGAGCUGCUGAUCUUGGAGCAGUUCUUGGCCAUCCUGCCAGCAGAGAUCCAGACCUGGGUCAAAGAUGGCUGCCCGGAGACCUGUGCUCAGGCAGUCACUUUGGCAGAGGAUUUCCUGCUGAGGCAGCAGGAGCCUGAGAGACCAAAGCAGCAGGUGCCUGGGUUGCUUGAGGCUGCAGAUGUGAACUGCCCCAAGGAAGACAUGGCUCUGUUGGAUGCUGACCAGAGGCCACUGUGCUUGGAGGUGAAGCAGGAGAGUGUUGUGGAUGACGGCUCAUUGGGUAACAUAUCCAUGAGCGAGGACAAUGGAGUGAGUCCCCAGCCAGAACCGUCUGAACCGAAAGAGUCAUGUGGGACAUUGGAGGGCAGCGCUGAGGAGACGUUUUCCACAUUUUGCACACCGGAGGAUGUGUCCGAAGAUCAACAGAGACCAGACAAGCCACAGGAAAAGCCAUCAAGGAAGAGAGUACGAAAAUCCGUUCCAUUGGUGGGUGGCCAUGAAGAUCUCAGUGUAGCCAUGACAGAAAAGGAAGCCAACGAGAGUGAGACACCCGUGAAGAUCAUAGUGUACGAAGAAAACUUCAGCCAGAGUUCAGAUCACACAGGAGAGAAAAUUCACAAAUGUUUAGUGUGUGGCAAGAGCUUCAGUCUUAGAUCACGCCUUAUUGUCCACGAGCGAACCCACACGGGGGAGAAACCGUACACAUGUUCCGACUGUGGGAGAAGUUUCAGUGUGAGCUCGAGCCUCAUCGCCCACCGGAGAACCCACACAGGAGAGAAACCCUACAAAUGCUCUCACUGCGCCAAGAGCUUCAGCGUGAAGUCGGGGCUGAUCGCUCAUGAGAGAACCCACACAGGAGAGAAACCCUACAAAUGCUUGUACUGCAGCAAAAGCUUCCGUCGCAAUUCAGGCCUCGUUAGUCACCAGAGAAUCCACACUGGGGAUAAGCCGUACCAGUGCUCUGUGUGUGAGAAAAGCUUUAGCGACAUCUCAAACCUUAUCACCCAUCACAGAAUCCAUACAGGGGAAAAACCCUAUAAAUGCUUGGAGUGUGGGAAAAGUUUCAGUCAGAGUUCAUACCUCAAUAGCCACCAGAGAAUCCACACGGGAGAGAAGCCAUACGAAUGCUCCGAAUGUGGGAAAACAUUUAGCGUGAGUUCUCGCCUGAGGAAGCAUCAGAGAAGCCACACAGGCGAGAGACCGUUUAUAUGUUUGGACUGUGGGAAAACCUUCAGCGAGAGCUCGGAUCUCCUUGCUCACGAGAGGGCGCAUACAGGGGAGAAGCCCUAUAGGUGUUCAUUCUGUGGCAAGAGCUUUUUGCGCAGUUCAGAGGUGGUUAGUCAUGAGAGAAUCCACACGGGCGAGAAACCAUACCAGUGCUCCGAGUGCGGGAAAAGCUUCAGUGUGAGCUCUCGCCUAAGUGCCCACCGAAGAAUCCACACAGGAGAGAAGCCAUUUCAGUGCAUGGUUUGCGAGAGAAGCUUCAGCUACAAAUCCCAUCUCAUUACGCAUCAGAGGAUCCACACCGGCGAGAAACCCUUCCAGUGCUCCGUCUGUGGGAAGAGUUUCCGUGGGAGCUCCAGCCUUGUUGCACACGAGAGAACGCACACAGGGGAGAAACCAUAUCGGUGCUUGGACUGUGGGAAAAGUUUCACCCAGAGCUCAAACCUUAUUAGCCAUCAGAGAAUCCAUGCAGAAGGCAAUUCCUGAAAAAUGGGUGAACCUCCAUUGGUUAAUCUAAUCCUGCCCCCUUCCUCCACUUUUUAACAAGACUUGGUUGCUUGGUACUUUAUUUAGUGACCUGUCUUUUCUCCGGAAGGGGCAUUUCCGGAAGCUACACACAAGCAGCGAAUGCAUGCAUAUCAUCAAUACAAAGCCCUUUAAAGCAAAGAGGGAUGUGGCAGGUCAGUCCAAACCAAAAUGGAUGGCCCUUGGUCAACGCACAAUAUUUGCCCUGUAGAGAGAGAGAUGCAUUGAGUACAUAUGAGGACUGGCAGUUAGAAAGCUCAUUUAUCUGUUUUGCCUCUCCUGGCCCAGUUUCUCAGCUCUUUUAGAAAUAUUUCCUACUCUCCAAAAAGAGGGAGGAAGGAUUCCUCCAGGCUUGUACAGAUUGUUCAGAAAAGAAGAGAAGACACCCAUUGAAAUCAACAAAGGGAGACCUCAUUUUUCAAAGCCAGGCUUAACCGCUUUCCAGUUACUGCCACACUAUCUAUAAAACAAGAACCCUACCAGACCAGUUUAACCUUGCUCUGAAAAGGGACUAGUUCUGUUGAACAGAAAAUGUUCUUGAGAAAGACGACACGAGCCUGCUUCUGAAACUGAGCAUUUGCUGCCGUCUCCAAGCAGUUGAAACGCAAAGGGGGAUGAAUCCUCACACUUUCAGAAUCCUGUGCUUUCGACUUUUUAGUUUCCACUUUAAAGGUAGCAUUCUUUUUUACACGCCUCAAAAACCGAGUGCCUCUGAUGUGGGGAAAAUGAGAUGGCUGUUAGAUGCUGGAAGCAGAUGGCAACAAAGAGAGAGAGAUAGCCAGAGAGAAGUAUUUAGGUGAAUGUUUAAUCUCGCCCCUCCACCCCCACCACUUCAUUAACAAAGGGCCAAUUCAUACAGCCUGCAGAAUCAAGUUGGAAAGUUUCUUUGGACGUACGACUUCAGGCUAUGGGGUGGUAGGAUUCAUGUUCUCAAUUUCUAUUAAUAAUUAAAUAAUAAAAUCAUCAGUGUUUGGGUCACACAAGCCUUGUAGCUGAGUGUCAAGACAGAGCACACAUUUUCCUAAUAAAUAAACAUAAAAUAUUGACAUGCUCACUA